GCGCGCCGGGCCGCCAUGGAGGCCACGGCAUCGGCAUCGGCGUCGGCGCCGCACCUCCUGCACUGCGGCGGGUUCGGCCGGACCCGCGUCGCGGGGCUCGUUUCGCCGCUCCCGCGCCGGCGCCGCCUCCGCCGCGUGCUCGCCGUCGCCACCGAGCCCAGGCCGCCGCCGCCGGCCUCCCGCCAAAGGGCUGCCGCCAUCACCUCCACCAGGUUCGGGGACGUGUCCCAGGAGAUCAAGCGGGUGCGCAAGCAGAUGGAGGAGGACGAGCAGCUGGCCUCCCUCAUGCGCGGCCUCCGCGGCUCCAACCUCCGCGACGACCAGUUCGCCGACAAGGACGUCACCAUGCGCCUAGUCGAGGUGACCAACACCGAGGGCCUGCCGCUCGUGUACAGCCCGGAGAUCAUCUCAGCCUACUGGGGGAAGCGCCCGGGGGCCGUCGCCACCCGAGUAGUGCAGCUGCUGUCCGUGGCCGGGGGCUUCAUCUCCGGCAUCAUAUCCGACCUCAUCGGCGACAAAAUCAAGGAGAACGAGGUGACGCGCGCGAUCGAGCUGAGGGAGAUCGUCACGUCCCUGGGCCCGGCCUACAUCAAGCUCGGCCAGGCGCUGAGCAUCCGGCCCGACAUCCUGUCCCCCGCAGCCAUGACCGAGCUGCAGAAGCUGUGCGACAAGGUCCCUUCGUUCCCGGACGACAUCGCUAUGGCCCUCCUGGAGGAGGAGCUCGGCAAACCAUGGCAGGAAAUAUACUCGGAAUUGUCUCCCUCCCCAAUCGCUGCAGCAUCUCUGGGACAGGUAUACAAGGGCCGGUUGAAAGAAACGGGAGAACUGGUUGCUGUGAAAGUGCAGAGGCCGUUUGUGCUCGAGACUGUCACCAUAGAUCUGUUCAUCAUUAGGAAUCUGGGGUUGGUCCUCAAGAGAUUUCCUCAGGUCGCCCUUGAUGUUGUUGGCCUAGUAGAUGAAUGGGCUGCCCGAUUUUUCGAAGAACUUGAUUACAUAAACGAAGGGGAAAAUGGCCUCCGCUUUGCUGAGAUGAUGAGAGAAGAUCUUCCGCAGGUUGUUGUGCCAAAGACAUAUCCUAAAUACACGUCCAGGAAAGUUCUUACUACAGGGUGGGUAGAUGGAGAGAAGCUAUCACAAAGUACUGAGGACGAUGUUGGGUCAUUGGUUAAUGUAGGAGUUAUAUGCUAUCUAAAGCAGUUGCUUGAUACUGGAUUCUUCCAUGCGGACCCACAUCCCGGAAAUAUGAUUAGGACACCAGAUGGAAAGCUUGCCAUUCUUGAUUUUGGGCUUGUAACAAAACUGACUGAUGAUCAAAAGUAUGGAAUGAUUGAAGCAAUAGCUCACCUUAUUCAUCGCGAUUAUGAUGCAAUCGUUAAGGACUUUGUGAAGCUUGGUUUCAUCCCUGAGGGAGUAAACCUGGAUCCAAUCUUACCUGUGCUGGCUAAAGUUUUUGAUCAAGCACUUGAAGGAGGCGGUGCAAAGAAUAUCAACUUCCAAGAGUUGGCAGCGGAUCUAGCACAAAUAACAUUUGAUUAUCCAUUCAGGAUACCUCCGUAUUUUGCUUUGAUUAUUAGAGCAAUUGGAGUAUUAGAAGGUAUAGCUUUGGUAGGAGACCCUGAGUUUGCCAUCGUGGAUGAAGCAUACCCAUAUAUUGCACAGAGGCUACUAACGGACGAAUCGCCCCGACUAAGAAGUGCUUUGCGUUACACAAUAUAUGGCAAAACAGGUGUCUUUGACGCAGAAAGGUUCAUUGACGUUAUGCAAGCUUUUGAGAAUUUCAUUACUGCAGCAAAAAGUGGUGGUGGGGAGGACAUGCAGGGUAACAUGGCUGGGCUGGGUGCUAUAGGAUUCCAACCUACUACUGGUUUAGUUCCUGCAUUUCCAGUGGCCACAUCGCAACCUGAGAACCCAAUCCAGGCUCGGGCUGCUCUUGGUUUUCUACUCUCUGAUAGGGGCGACUUCUUCCGGGAGUUCAUUCUUGACGAGAUUGUGAAAGCCAUCGACGCAGUUUCAAGGGAGCAAUUGCUACAAAUUGCUGGAUCCUUUGGGAUCAGAAAUCCGACCCCAGUUUUUGGUAUGGUUCCUGUCAGGUCCAGUGCGUUGCUUCCUACAAUCACAGAGGAGGACAGGAUCAUCUUGAACAAUGUCGAGAAGGUUGUCAAAUUCUUAACAGCUGGGACAGCAAGUCCAACAGCGAAUGGGGACGUAAAUAUCGUGUCUGUAGUACAAGAGCUUCUACCUAUUUUGCCGAGCAUCUCGUCGAAGAUCCUACCAGACAUUUUGAGCCGGUUGUCAUCAAGGGUGUUCGCACGGGUUAUCCGGGAAGCAUUUUUGUGAAGCGGUCUUUUUUUCUUCUUCUGACUGGAAACUAGAGAGUUGUUUC